AUGGAGAUUUUUGCUUAUGAAGAGUGCAAAUUGCAUUACACCUUUGGGUGGCCUAAAAUGAAACCCACGAAUUCCCAAGAUCCUCCUCCUGCCUUUGACUUAGUCGAAAUCCAGUUGAUUUGCAAAGUAGAACAUCUUUGGCGUAAUCUUUCUGGUAAAAAGAUGAGAAGUUGUGAACUUCCACAAAUCUCAACAUGCAUCACAAUGGAAUCUCAAUAUUUCAAGAACCCAGAAAAGACUCGUCUAGCCAUACACGACCGGCUAAAAAGUUUCCAAUUUCCACUCUUCGAAUGCAAAGUGAUUGUCGAUGAAUUAAUUCAAUUGGCACAUGAACAUAGUGAUCGUUUAGUGUUUAUUAAAGAUCGUUACGUGUUAAAUCUUGGUGUUAAGAUUGAUAUGUCACACAGGUACAAGCAAAUAAAUGAGAAUGAUAGGAAUGCCAUGGCAAGAACUCUUCCCACUAAGAAUUGCAAAAUAUGCGAUGAAGGUAUUUUUGGAGGAUCCCCAAUUAUAAAGAUGCCGUGCAAGCAUAUUUUUCACUUCAACUGCAUGAAAAAUUGGUUAGAGAGGAACAUUGGUUGCCCAACUUGUACUCCUACCAAUAAUGGCAAAUCCUUAGGUGUCUAA